CAUUUACGUGGGUACGGUGAGAUGGCGGGGUUGCGACGGGGCACUCUCAUAAUCGAACUUGCCACGGACGCACAGACGGGCACAGUCGUGCAUUUGGACUUGAGCGAGUGCAUCAUGCGAGUGGAGGGUUGUGUACAGACAGAAAGCGCAGGGCGCAUGGCGUGCGAUGGGUGUACAUAG